UACAAAACCAUAAUGGAUGACAAAGAUUGAGAGGGAAGUGAUCUUUUUUUUUUUUUUUUUUUGACAAAGGGAUCUUGGAUUGCACUUCGAGUGAUCGGUUACAAAGAGGGAUUUAAAAACCCUGGAUCCAAAACAAGAUCAAGGCAGCACUGAAACACAAGAUGAAAUCAAACCAUGCCUGGAAAAUACAUCAGGAGAAAGCAAGGCACAGAAUGAAAACACACACCAAAUGCCUAUCGCUUGAACCAAAUCCAACACAAUCAUAAUCCCUCUAGUUUCCAAUCAAACCAAGUAGCAAACAGAUCAGCAUCAGCUUGUUCGCUCACAACGAAUUCCAUGGCAAAGUACACUGCAAUGCCAUAAGCCGACUCCUGGGGUUUGCUCGAAGACACCCAACACAGUGAAUCUCGAAGCGAGAUUGCAUGACAGUGGAAAAGGCUGUGAAGCAGAUAGCUCCAAGCUGAAAGGGCAGGGGAAGUCGAAGCAGAGCAGUCGGGUUCGAAGGAGCGUAGAAAAGCCAGAAAAGGCCACCCACUCCAAAGAGACACCAAGCCACCACAGCAAACAGCCGGAGAGGACCCUACUCUCAACAAUCCGACGAACAGCCAGGCAGAGCAAGCAACCACGAGAGGUCAGAUGGGGAGAGCAGCGAAUGGCUUCACCAAAGCCGGUGAGACCACCAGAUUGGUACAAUCAACCACCACCAAGAGAGGAAUGAGACAUCCAAUAUGCAACCUCCAGAUCCCAAAUGAGAGCAAGCCCAGAACAAGACCAAAGAGCAAAAGCUCAACUGGAGAGGAAACUGGAAUGCCACAUCGAUCGGAGAAGACGAUUGAAAACUGAUAAAACUGGAAAAAACACUGCCGAAAGGCAAGGGCAAACAAGGAAGGCAAGGAAACGAAAAAUGGGAAGCAUGAGCUGCCGCCGGUCACCAAAAGGAGCCGACGGCAGCCCCUGGAAAGCAGAGAUUAGGAGCUGGAGUAGAGAGAAGGGAGAGUAGAUAUUUUGAAUUAAAGUAAGUAGAGGAAGUGAUCUAAUGGUCAAAAUAGGAGUUCGGAGAGAGGGUUGAUCAGAAUUUUCGGAUAGCUGAUAUAUUUUGUGGGGGCACUAGCAUUAAUUGAGGCCGAAUCCCAUGACUAAGUGGUGUUUAGUCAAGUGACUAAGCCCCUCCCAGCUCUUAAAUCUGGACAUGUCAAUCUGACGGUUAAAAAAUAGGAAGAGAUUUUUAAUUAGUUACAUGGGUAGUUUGGGUAUUUUUAAUUAGCUAACUGUGUCGCCGAUUUCUUGGCUAACAAGGCACAUGACUUUGAUUUUGGCACACAUCCUUUCAAUGUGUGUUAUUUGGACUUCGUCCAAUGGCUUCGCCGCGAUGUAAUGGGAACUUCCCAUGAACGUUGUACUACUAAUGUGAUUUAGACGCUUUGCGUCUGUCUUUCAACAAAAAAAAAAAUUAAGGAAGUAUUUAAUUAAACUCUAGAGACCAUAGUUAGUAAAAUACGGUACGGGAAAGUUACGUAUAAAAUACGUACGGGUAUUUUACUUCGUUUCUAUGCUAAUGUUACGUUUAAUAGUACGUUAAUUGUCAUAAAUAUAUAAAAUUUAUUAUUUUAAAAAUAAAUAAAUAUAUAAAUAAUGGUAAAGUUCGUAAUUUGAUUCAUUAAAUACGGAUAUUAAACGUGUUAUACGGGUUUUAAACGUGUUUAAUACGGGAGCCAUCAAAUGAACGGUAAAAAAAGAAACGGUUUGACAAUAAUACGGAUACGGAAGUUUUAAAUGAAUAAAGUACGUACGGAUACAUAUACGUGUAUUAAACGGAGUAUUUACUAACUAUGCUAGAGACAUGUUCGGUAUUUAAUGCUUUAUAUUUUAUUUGUAGUUAGUGAUUAUCGAAUGAAACUAAUUCUGAAUU